CGCGCGGCUUGACAUUAUAAACUAGUGUAAGUUUCGCGCGCUGCUGGAAACGUUUGUUCGAAACACGUAUUAUUAUCGUGUAUUGAGAGCACGACGAUGUAGUUAAAAUUGGACGAGCAAACGCAAAGCAGGAGAUUAUAAAUACCGGAUCACGUUUUGAGUGUGGCCGAUUCUUUUGUCGUUGGUGAAGAAAAAGUGAAGGUGCUUUUGCGUUUUUGUUAUUAUCAUCGACUUAUCGCGUCGAUUGCACAAAAUGAACGUUUGGAUUUUUCUAAUCGUCGCUCUGCACUCGAUAAGCGGAUUGAAGCUGAUAUCCGAGGCUGCCAGUAUCGCUAAUUACGGCAAAGGAAAAUAUCCUCCGCUGUGUCCCUUCAAGCUGUGCAUCUUACCGAGUAAAGUGAAUUUCGACGUUAUUAUCGGCGGUAUAGCAGACUCCGACCAUUAUAAUGUGUUCGCACGUCCGACCAGAAACUUCGUCAUCAAUAUCAUCUACUUUGUCAUGAAUCGAAACAAAGUCACCUCCGAUGAUAAAGUCGUUAAAUCCGAUGACGAAGUCGCGGAAUCGGCUCCCGUUACAGAAGCCAUCGAAGCCAUCGAAGCCAUCGAAGCCGAGAAAGAUAACGAGCGUAAACAGAACGAAGGUUCAUCGAGGCCGAAACGAGACAUCUGCUACUUCAAAAUCUGCAGCAUGAAUCCACCCAGCGGAUCCUCGACGACUCCAAAGCCGAAUUAAGCUGCUGCGAGAUACUCACUGUAUAUAAGCCGCAAUAAAACGUAAAGCUGCAAAAAGCUA